ACUGAGUGUACACCUAAUAUCAAAAACUUAUUUAAAUAUUAAUCAGCAACAUAAAUUUAGUAUAUUUUUCAGUUAAUUAUGGCCCUGCCUGAAGGAUUUCACUCUUCUCUGGACUAUUUUAGAGCUACCGUUGCCUUUCUCUGUGAUCAUUCUUGGAUAUAUAUAACUCCCAACACUCGAUUCAUAAAAGCCGGAUUGUUGGAAAAGAUUCCAUCAGACUAUAUAAACUAUUUUUUGCAAUUAAGAAACUCUGAAUUAAAUAUAUUUCCAUUUUUGCAUGAAUGUGAGGACUUUAACCUUGGUAUUGAUUCUAUUGUUUUGAAAACAUUUCGCUCGGUACUACGCGGCCUUAUACCAAAAGAAGUACACGAUACGAAAGAAAUAUCAAAUAAACUAGAAGGGUUUCCAAAAUGUCGACUUAGGAAGAUGAGUGUAAAAAAACAACACGAAAUUAUUCAGUUGACUAAAGCUAUACAGACUCAUUGUAAUGAUGUACACUUACUAAUUGAUUUUGGAGCUGGUUUGGGUUACCUUAGUGAGGCGUUGUGCAGCAUUAACAAAACUUGGCGGAUUCUGGGCAUAGAAGCAGAUAUGUGUCGAGUAAUGAGUGCACGUAAACGUCUGCGACAACAGAUACCUGAAAUGAGUGAACGUGUCACUUAUGUUGAGCAAUUUAUUGAACCGACUGCAGGCAAUGCGAUUAAAUAUCAUAUUUUGAGAAGUGGGUUGACUGGUCUGAAUAAAUGGGCUAUUAUAGGCUUACAUGCUUGUGCUGAUCUAUCGGUUACAUCUAUAAAAUUAUUUUUUGAAAUGGCAGAAGUUAAACAUUUGGUUAUCAUGCCAUGUUGUUAUCACAGGCUGAACGAAACUACCAGUGGCCACUUUUUAAAUUUUCCUUUGAGUGCUGCAUUAAAGUCUGUGGUCACUGAAGGGGAUAUAAAUGUGCUGAGCUACUUCAACCGUCCUUUUCUGCGCCUAGCUUGCCAAGAGACCAAUUCUCGUUGGCGACAUUGUUCAGAGGAGGAGCACGUUGCACACGGAGGGCAGAUGUUCUGGCGUGCCGUAGCCGAUGCCAUCAUUAACGAUGAAACGGAAGUAAUCGCAACUAUACCAAGAAGCCAACGACCUAAUAAUGAUUGGAGUGAAAUGAGAAGUUUUUCAACUUUUCGACAGAUGUAUAAAGUAAGAUCAAAGACAGCGGAUGCACAGUUUUUGGUGGCAGACAUGUGGAAUAAUGAGCACGAAGAUAAAUUUAAAAAAGUCGUUGAAAAAUAUGCUGAAGUUGGUCCCAAAUUGGCAGAAGCAUUGACUUGUUUGCAAACAACAAUACAGAAACUUUGCGAGAAUAUUGUUCUUUAUGAUCGAGUAUGUUACAUGAACGAAUACGCAGAGACACAGGCAAAUUUAAAAAUAAAGGUAAAAUAUCAUAAAAUUUUAGAUGAGAAGUUAUCACCCCGUUGCUUUGCCUUAAUCGCGGAGAAAUUGUAGACUAAAGGCUGUUGAAAUAUCACUUUAGUUUUUUUUAAUGUAUUAAUAAUAUAUAGAAAAUUAAGAAUUAGAAAAUAAAAAAUACAUUGAAGUUUCAGUAAGGCAAGUUAAUGUGCAAAUACAUAUGUAUGUAUGUUUAAAGAAUAUGCCAUUCGCCUGCUUUCCUCUUCCAGACGUACAUAUCUUAAUAGACACUUAAUACAAUUAACCUAACUUUUAAAGCUGAUUAAAUAAAAGCACUCAAUUACAUGUAACGGUAAUGAGUAUGUACGCUUCUUUAUAAAACUACUACUAUUAAUACUCUGACUUAACUAAUAAUUAAUUUCAGAAUAAGAGACAAAGUUCAUUACCUUAAAGACAUUACGAAUACAAUAUAUACAUUACGAAACAAUACACAGUUUAAUGAACAAAUAUGUAUUUCCAUAACAUAUUCAUAGAUAAAAAUGUGCACACAUCUUAAUAUAUAGCAUAUCAUAAUAUCCUUAUAAGAUUAAGAUGUCAAAGCAUUUUUUGGCAUUAACCGUAUAUGAAAAUAGCUACGCAUAUAUUAUACAAGAAAUAAAUACCACCUAUACUAGCAUCACGAACUGCUAUUAACGACCACGAAAUUUCUAAACUUUGGUAUAAAUUAAUUAUAUAAUUAUGUUUAGCCACAAUGCAGGAAAUUUUAAAUUCGGCUGAGACACGGUUGCGUACAUCCGCCUAUUCUUAUAUACGUUGGUUUUUAUAAAUAUGUAUAGUAUAUGCUGCUCUUAUAUAUGUAUGUAUCCCCAUUAUACUUAAAUA